AUGGCAUCCGGUCCAGCAGCGGAGGAGGCCAAGCUCCUCACCGACGUACUGGGAGUGGUCAAAGUGCAAUCAGUCCAGCUGAAGAGAUGUUUAGAGCAAGAUCAGAUCAUGGAAGCUUUGAAAGCCGCUUCGUCAAUGUUGGCUGAAUUGAGAACUUCAAGCUUAUCACCUAAACAGUACUACGAGCUGUACAUGAGUGUAUUUGAUAGUUUGAGAUACCUCAGUAAUUAUCUGUAUGAAGCCCAUCAGGAAGGAAAACAUCAUUUGGCGGAUUUGUAUGAGCUUGUACAAUACGCAGGAAACAUCGUCCCUCGACUUUACCUCAUGAUCACCGUAGGAUCAGUGUACAUGUCUAUCCCCGAUGCUCCCGUCAAAGAAAUCAUGAAGGACAUGUUAGAGAUGUCGAGGGGUGUUCAGCAUCCUACUAGGGGGUUGUUUUUGAGACAUUAUCUAUCUGGUCAAACUAGGGAUUUCUUACCGGUUGGCACCAGUGAAGGACCCGGAGGUAAUUUGCAAGAUUCAAUCGGAUUCGUUCUCACCAACUUCAUCGAGAUGAACAAGUUAUGGGUUCGACUUCAACAUCAAGGACACUCACGUGAACGUGAGAAACGAGAACUGGAACGACGUGAUCUUAGGAUAUUGGUCGGAACGAAUCUUGUCAGAUUGUCACAAUUAGAAGGAGUCGAUCUAGACAUGUACAGAACCAUCAUCCUACCCUCGAUCCUGGAGCAAGUCGUCAAUUGUAGGGACGUAAUAGCUCAAGAAUAUUUGAUGGAAGUUGUCAUUCAAGUCUUCACGGAUGAUUUCCACUUACACACUCUCACGCCAUUCUUGGGAGCUUGUGCUCAAUUGCACCCUCGGGUGAAUAUCAAGAGUAUAGUAAUAGCUUUGAUCGAUAGAUUGGCUGCAUACGCUGCGAGGGAAGCUGAGAAUGAGGAUCCGGAAGAAAAGAAAAAGGGAGAAGAAGAGGCGGCGAAGAGAUUAGCAGAAAAGAUUAAAUCGGGUAGAGGUAAAGGUAAAAAUGUAGACAAAUCGGAUCAAACGCAACCCAAACCUGCUACGCCGAAACCUGCAGAGGCGGAUGAAUGGGCCAAUGCGACUCCCGCAACGGAUCUGAGUAGCCCUAAAGCUGGAACUUCCUCGAAACCUACUAGUCCAGUCAAAGAGAACGGUGAAUCGUCCACUUCACCUAAGAAGAAUGGCGAAGAAGAGAAGGACGAAACGAAAAUCGAAGAGAAACCUAAGGAAGAAGGAGUCAAGAAGUUCAGAGGUAUACCUGAGGACGUUAAGCUGUUUGAAGUUUUCUGGCAACAGGUCGUAGAGUUGAUCAAGGCUCGACCUGAUUUACCUAUAAUGGACGUCACUGCUCUCUGCGUGUCACUCGUAAACCUAUCUUUGAGCUGCUAUCCCGAUAGAUUAGAAUACGUAGAUCAGAUCUUGUCUUUCGCUCAUGGAAAAGUCAUUGAAUAUGCCCAAAACCCCGAUCUUCACUCCCCUCCUACCACCGCCAACCUUCUCGCUCUGCUUCUCGCACCCAUCACGUCAUACCUGUCAAUCCUCACGCUGCUUGCUAUCCCAUCUUAUAUCCCAUUACUAUACGUUCAACCAUACUCGACAAGAUUGUCCAUAGGUCAAGCGGUAGUUUCAUCGGUACUGAAGAACAAUACAUUGAUUGAUACUUCCGAAGAUGUCAGCGGUGUGUUGGGUCUAUGUGCUGUACUGGUUAAAGAUCAGAAAGAUUCGACCAUUGGUGGCGGAGCGCCGACGAGAAGAGGUGGUCAACAAGUGGAUUUGAGAGAAUUGGCAGAAGAACAAGGUUGGGUGGCUAGGAUGGUCCAUUUGUUCAAAUCUGAUGAUUUGGCAACUCAGUUCGAGUUACUGCAAACUGCCAGAAAGCAUUUCUCGGAAGGUGGUGAAAGGAUUAGGUUCACCUUCCCACCUCUGAUAGCGAGUGGUAUCCAGCUAGCUAGGAGAUUCAAGCAGAGAGAAGAUGUUGAACCCGAUUGGGAAACUCGAUUAUCCUCAUUAUUCAAAUUCAUCCAUCAACUCAUAUCAAUCUUAUAUCAUAAAGUUGAAGCACCCGAAACGUGUUUGAGGUUAUUCCUUUUAGCGGCUCAAAUAUCGGAUGAUUGUAAAUUGGAAGAAUUGACAUACGAAUUUUUCGUUCAAGCGUUUGUAAUCUACGAAGAAUCCAUAUCGGAAUCCCGUGCUCAACUUCAAGCUAUCACUGGGAUCAUAUCUGCUUUACAAACUACUCGAUCGUUCGGUAAUGACAAUUAUGAUACGUUAAUUACGAAAGCUGCUUUACACGGUAGUAAGCUUUUAAAGAAGAGUCAUCAAGCUACGGCGGUACUGUAUGCUAGUCAUAUGUGGUGGCAGGGGGAUGUACCUGGACGGGAAAAGGAUGAUAAGCCCUCAUUCAGAGAUGGUAAACGAGUACUCGAAUGUCUUCAGAAAUCACUCCGAAUCGCUUCAUCAUGUAUCGACGAACUCACUUCGGUUCAACUAUAUGUGGACGCCUUGGAUAGAUAUAUCUACUAUUUCGAACAAGGUGUAGAAGCUGUUACUCCGAAAUAUGUCAAUUCGCUGGUAGAAUUGAUCACGAGCAACAUCGAUAGUGUAACGAAUGGGAAUGGGGAUGUGCAUCCUUCGUCGGCCGGUGCUGGGGGAUUGGUAGAAGGUGUCGGUGAGGGCGAGAUGAUUGUUAAGCACUUCCGAAAUACUCUCACGUACAUACAAGGCAGACAACGUCAAGCUGCAGACGCAUCUGAUCGAGACUCUUCGGAAGCUGCCAAUGAAGGUGGAGAAGAGAAGAAGAACGUCGAUUGGGAAAGUGUGGAUGUCAUUGGAGGUUGUCUGAAGAUGGGUAUAAGUAGGUAA